AUGACAUCAAAGAUCGCACCAGCAGCAUCUCAAGCAGCUCGCACAGGCUCAAAUGCCGCGUUCAAUGACAAGGUCAAGCCAAUGGAGCUUCGGAUGUCUAACUUGGUCGCUGCUAAAGCCAUCAGCGAUGCUGUUCGAACAUCUCUCGGACCAAGGGGAAUGGACAAAAUGAUUCAAACCUCGAAGGGCGAGGUCAUCAUCACCAACGAUGGUGCAACAAUUCUACGGAGUAUUCAAGCUCUACAUCCUGCUGCCAAGAUGCUGGUCGACCUCUCAGCUGCUCAAGAUGUGGAAGCAGGUGAUGGCACAACAUCGGUCGUUGUUCUAGCAGGUAGCCUUCUUGGGGCCGCGGAAAAGAUGCUGCAGAAAGGCAUACAUCCAACCAUCAUCGCAGAAUCGUUUUUGAGAGCAUCGGUCAAAGCAGUCGAAUAUCUCACUGAGAUAUCGACGCCAAUUGAUCUCAGUGACAAAACCAGUCUCCUCCGAGCAGCGAGCACUUCCCUGAACUCUAAGAUUGUCUCUCAAUAUUCUUCGACACUUGCUCCCAUCGCAGUGGCUGCUGUGACGCGGUUGGUUACACCUCAAUCGUCCACUGUAGACCUUCGUGACAUCAGGGUUGUGAAGAAAGUCGGUGGCACUAUCGAAGACACUGAGCUUGUAGAUGGUGUUGUCCUCAACCAAAAUGUAAUUGUUUCAGCUGGCGGUCCUACUCGCAUGGAGAAGGCCAAGAUUGCCAUUAUCCAGUUCCAGCUCAGUGCUCCCAAACCUGAUAUGGAUAACACUGUCGUGAUUAAUGACUACCGACAAAUGGACAAGGUCAUCAAAGAGGGUCGUCAGUACCUGCUCAACAUUUGUAAAAAGAUCAAGAAGGCGAAUUGCAACGUCCUGCUGAUCCAAAAGUCUAUCCUCCGUGAUGCAGUCGACGAUACGUCCCUCAGCUUCCUUAAGCGUCUCAACAUCCUUGCAGUCAAGGAUGUUGAGCGUGACGAGAUCGAAUUUCUUUCCAAGAGUCUCGGAUGCAAACCUAUUGCCGAUAUCGAGGCCUUUACAGAAGACAAACUUGGUUACGCAGAUCUAGUCGAAGAGACUUCAAAUGCUGGGAUCAAAGUUGUCAAGAUCACUGGCGUGAAGAACCGUGGGCGGACAGUUAGUAUUCUGGCUACGGGUGGCAACAACCUUGUUGUGGAGGAAUGUGAACGCAGUCUGCAUGAUGCUCUUUGUGUUGUCCGGUGUCUCGUAAAGAAACGGGCGCUCAUCGGUGGUGGCGGUGCACCUGAAAUCCAUGUCUCCCGGCUGUUGUCUCAAUACGCACAGUCACUCAAAGGCAUGGAAGCCUACUGCUUCCAAGCGUACGCAGACGCAUUGGAAGUGAUACCGACGACGCUCGCGGAGAAUGCUGGACUUAACCCGAUUGCUAUUGUCACGGAAUUACGCAACCGACAUGCUCUAGGUGACCGGAAUGCUGGUAUCAACGUCCGCACAGGCCUAAUCUCGAAUAUUCUUGAGGAGGAUGUUGUUCAACCUCUUCUCGUCUCCACGAGCGCGAUUGAGCUUUCGACGGAGACUGUGUGUUUACUUUUGAAGAUCGACGACUAUGUACAAGCAAGAUGA